AUGAUCUUUUUAACCGACUUCAAAAAAGGAGGUGUGAGCUUGGUCAUGCACAAAGAAAAAGAGGACAUCCAUGGUCAUAGGAGAGAGCACUCCCCCUAUGACCAUGCCAUGCCAGAUGGAGAGAUGUUCUUACAGGCACUCAACGGUUUCCUGAUGAUCUUAACGUGUGAAGGCGAGGUGUUCUUCGCGACGCACAGCAUCGAGAGUUACUUAGGCUUCCAUCAGUCGGACAUAGUCCACCAGUCAGUUUACGAGCUCGUUCACUCUGAAGACCGGGAGGAGUUGCAGCGGCAGAUCUUGUGGAACUCCUUUCUCCCUCCAGAGGUCAGCAACCUCACGCUGCAGGAUGUACUGAGGCCGGACAGGGCACAUCUAUUAGAAAGGAGUUUUACCGUCAGAUUUAGAUGUUUACUUGACAAUACUUCUGGAUUCUUGAGGCUUGACAUUCGAGGUCGAAUCAAAGUGCUUCACGGGCAGAAUAAGAAAACAGAAGAACCUCCUUUAGCUUUGUUCGCAAUAUGUGCGCCCUUCGGACCUCCCUCACUCCUAGAGAUCCCUCAGAAGGAAGUCAUGUUCAAGAGCAAACACAAACUGGACCUGUCUCUAGUCUCUAUGGAUCAACGCCUCGACAACCACCUUAGGAGGCUAGCGUUAGGUAGUUGGGUCAAGGGCCUGAUACAGAAGGCAGUUCUCCUCGAAACGGCACGUAUCGUGAGGAGGGGUAAAAUGCUGCUAGGUUAUACAGAUGCUGAGCUGGCAAACAUGGGAGGCUACGAUCUAGUACAUUACGACGAUCUAGCUUACGUCGCCAGCGCGCAUCAAGAAUUAUUAAAAACAGGUGCUUCCGGAAUGAUCGCUUACCGCUUCCAAACAAAGGAUGGUCAGUGGCAAUGGCUGCAGACCUCUUCCAGACUAGUCUACAAGAAUUCCAAACCUGACUUCGUUAUUAGUACGCAUCGACCGCUAAUGGAGGAAGAAGGCAGAGAUCUAUUAGGCAAAAGAACAAUGGACUUCAAAGUCAGCUACCUCGACACCGGUCUCACUAGCCUCUACUUCUCAGAGACCGAACAGUUGUCUGGCUGCGAAACCAACGUUACAACUCCUCCCAGAACUGCAAGGAGAUACAAAACACAACUUCGAGAUUUCCUAUCAACUUGUAGGAAUAAAAGAAGAGUUCCGACAACUCCUGCACCACCUCCUGUCGACUAUUUAGCAGCAGACGCAGUAGCGGCAGCAUACACUAAUUUAAAUGGCGCAUACACAGCUCCUUACGGAGAAUAUCCUCCAGCCCCAACCUUACAUUACGCUCCGCCGCCGCUAGACGACAGAUUCUUAACAGCGGACAACCUCUUUCAUCAAUAUAAACCUUUAUCUUAUCAUUAUACUCCCUAUGCGCCGAAUGGCUUCCUUGAACCUGCGCCUCCGCCUGGUUAUGAAGUGGCCCCCACGUAUCAUCGACCGCCUUCAAGAGAGUACACGUAUGUGGACAGCAGUGGAAGAUAUAUGAGUCCUGUAACUGGACAGGAGAGAAGGUCGCCUUCCGUAGUGCCUGGACCGAGUCCCGCAGGGUCGAGUAACUCGGAGCAGGAGAGGAUGCAGCAGCCACAGGCCUCGGAGAUGCCACGGCAAACAGUGCUUAUGUGGGGUGCUGGAGGAGCUGCUCAAGAAGUUCCAGUCGAGUACUCGCCUCCUCAGGUUUGGCGUUACCAUCCAUCACAUUAUCAUACCGCUGAAGCCACUCAAUGAAUUUAAUCUAGUAUUUUUUUGACUUCCACAAAAACGAAAAGUAUAAUUGGAUCUUUAUAAAAAUCCUUGUGAAUGAUCGAUGAAAUACUUAGAAAAAAUAUCGCAAUCUUUGUUACCAAGACUUUAUUUUCUUAUACCUCGCUCAGUGGUGAGACCGAGUCGGUCUUUAGGUCUUCUCGACUUAAACAGGGUCCUUCCAGUAUCGAUAUCUGAUACGUCUUGAUGUAUAUUUAUAAUUCGAGAAUUUUAUCCAAAUAUAUUAAAAGAUAGUCGUUUUGUAGAAUAAAUGGUACGAAUCACGCGACGCAAUGUUACACAUGAUAGGUUUAAAUGCUUUGUAAAUACUUUUUUACAUUUUUAUUAAAUAGCUUGCUUUGAGUGAGGGUUUCUAUAAAUGUUAGCUUCAUAGAUCUUACUGAAGCGAAUGAUACAUAGUUUUGUGAAAGUGAUUGUGGUUUGUGUCCUUUUAUUGACUUACAAUACCUUGUUUAUAAGAGGUUACUUUUCAAUCCUAAAAUAG